CGCUGAUUGGUUGAAAAUACCCAGCUUUUCUAUUUAUCGAGGCUGUCAGCUGGAGGUCUUUUGUUAUCAGCAGACAGGAAGAGUUUACCCAACAUGAAGUCUGUCACUUAACAGGGAGCUUUCAGGGGGUUUCAAGUCACUGCAGCUGCCGAAAAGGCUUAGUAGGGAGGAGCUGGACAGCACUUCAGGAUGACCCAGGGUCCCAAGAAGCGGAGCGGCAGCAGCGGGGGUGGCAGUCACUCGGAGCCCCCAGACUCCCAGUCCGGUGUGGGGAACGAUGCAGGAGGAGGCUCCGGGGUGGCUCUGAAAAAACAGAUCGGCCUAGUCAGCGCCUGUGCCAUUAUAAUCGGCAACAUCAUUGGAUCAGGGAUUUUUGUGAGUCCUAAGGGGGUCCUGGAGAACGCCGGCUCGGUGGGUGUGUCCAUCAUUGUGUGGGUUUCCACUGGAGUUAUCACAGCCAUCGGUGCUCUCUGUUAUGCAGAGUUAGGUGUGACCAUCCCCAAGUCAGGGGGAGACUACUCCUACGUCAAGGACAUCUUUGGAGGACUGGCUGGGUUUCUGCGUCUGUGGAUUGCGGUGUUGGUCAUGUACCCCACUAACCAGGCUGUGAUCGCUCUCACCUUCUCCAACUACAUCCUGCAGCCCCUCUUCCCCUCCUGCCUCCCCCCAGAGAGCGCCCUACGCCUGCUGGCCGCCGUCUGCCUGCUGUUGUUGACAUGGGUGAACUGCCACAGCGUGCGUUGGGCCACGUGUGUCCAAGAUGUCUUCACCACUGGCAAGCUUUUGGCCUUGGGUCUCAUCAUAAUCACGGGCUUCGUCCAAAUAUGCAAAGGUCACUAUUACUGGUUGCAGCCAGCACACGCCUUUGAGAACUUCCGAGACUACGACGUCGGUCACAUAGCUCUGUCCUUCCUGCAAGGCUCCUUCGCUUAUGGAGGCUGGAACUUCCUCAACUAUGUCACAGAGGAGCUGGUCGACCCAUACAAGAAUCUACCGCGUGCGAUCUUCAUCUCCAUCCCCGUGGUCACCUUCGUUUACGUGUUUGCCAACGUGGCCUACAUCACGGCCAUGAGCCCGCAGGAGCUGCUGGCCUCCAAUGCUGUGGCAGUGACAUUUGGAGAUAAAUUGCUAGGAGUAAUGUCGUGGAUCAUGCCCAUCUCUGUGGCGCUCUCCACCUUCGGGGGGGUGAAUGGCUCCCUCUUCACGUCAUCGCGGCUGUUUUUCGCCGGAGCGAGGGAAGGCCAUCUCCCACGUCUGCUGGCCAUGAUUCACGUCAAAAGCUGCACUCCCAUCCCAGCCUUACUGUUCACUUUGAUGUCCACUCUGCUGAUGCUGUGCACCAGCGACAUUUACACCCUCAUAAACUACGUGGGUUUCAUCAACUACCUCUUCUAUGGCGUCACUGUCGCCGGGCAGAUUGUGCUGCGCAUCAAGGAGCCUGACAUGUAUCGACCCAUCAAGGUGAGCCUGGUAUGGCCAGUGAUCUACCUGCUGUUCUGGGCCUUCCUGCUGGUCUUUUCACUCUACACUGAGCCUCUCGUCUGCGGUAUUGGUCUGGCCAUCAUGAUGACUGGUGUCCCCGUAUAUUUCCUGGGAGUCUACUGGGAAAACAAGCCACAGUGUUGUGAUAUUACUAUGGGUAAAAUAACUCAUCUGUUCCAAAAGCUGUGUUCGGUGGUCUAUCCAGUCAUGGAGAAGACUGUGGAGGAACAUGAGCCUCAAAACAAAGAUGGAGGUGACCAGUACUGAAGAAGCCCUCAAAUGGCUGAUUGAACAUGUCCAUAAACAAACGCUGACAAAUGCCUCACACUUUUUUGGGGGAAAAACGCACUUGGGGGAAGACUCUCAGAAAGAUUAGCACACAUAUUCACUUGUUGUUCGACAACACUGGACACUUACUUUGAAUUUAUGACGCACUGAAAUUACGAAAGUCUUUUUUUCUUAUGAGAAUUUGAAACUUUGUCCUUUUUGGCUGUCUUUUAUGUCUUGUUUGAGUCUGGGAGGCAGCGGAGAAUAUUUUAAUAUGCAAGUUGUAUGUAUUGUUCAAGGUCUAUGUGUUGUUUAUAUUCUCACCCUGCUAUAGUAACACUAAAAUGAUAUUUUUCAGCUGGU